CUUAAUGCAUCAGAUUAGAUUUUCAUAAUCCAACAAUUAAAUUUGUAAUCCACCGCUCAUAACACUCUUAUUCCACUUGCUUUAUCAAAAAUAGGUAUCCAACAAAAAUAAUCCCAGAAUUAUUCUUCCAUUUUUUUCUCUCUCUUUCUUCUUACAUAGGUUAAACAGAGUUGUAUUCGAUUGCACAAUUAGAAAUCGCAAGUGGUCUUUUGUUUUUGUUCAUGUUCAUGUUGAUUGAAGAAAUUAACGAAUCACGAUGUGACAAUGAUAAAAUUAUGAAGGUUGAAUAACAAUUUGAAUAGCAUUUUCUUCAAGAUCUAAACUUUCCCAGAAAAUAAAAAGAUUAAAAUUGAAAAUGGCGACAGAAAUGGAAGGAAAAGGUCAAGUAGAAGAGAUAAUGGUAACAACCACCGUGAAAAUGGUUGAAGGAAGCACCAAUGGAGGUGUUGUUGUGGAAGCUCAUCCUUAUGCGUUUCAUGUUUCUGGGCCUCGUAAUCUUUCUUCGCCUAAUUGGAGAGAUAUCAUCAGCUCUAGCUGGAAAGACCCAAACUAUAAAAGAACAGUCAUGGCGUGCUUCAUUCAAGCUGCUUACCUGUUAGAGCUUGACAGGCAAGAAAACAGAACAGCUGAAGAUGCCUUAGCACCAAAAUGGUGGUUGCCUUUUAAAUACAAGCUAACUCAGACUUUAAUCGACGAGAGAGACGGUUCCAUAUUUGGAGCAGUUCUUGAAUGGGAUCGUUCUGCUGCUUUAUCCGAUUUCAUACUCAUGCGGCCAAGUGGGGCCCCACGAGCUGUUUUAGCUCUAAGAGGAACACUCCUCAAGAGUGUGACUAUUAGAAGGGAUUUAACCGAUGACUUCCGUUUCCUCGCUUGGGAAAGUUUAAAGGGGUCAGUAAGAUUUAAAGUGGCGUUUGAUGCCCUUAAAUCGAUUGCAGACAAGUAUGGAAGCGGUAAUGUCUGUGUCGUAGGACAUUCAUUAGGUGCUGGGUUCGCCCUUCAGAUUGGAAAGACGUUAGCCAAAGAAGGAAUCCAUGUCGAGGCUCACUUAUUUAACCCGCCAUCAGUUUCACUAGCCAUGAGCCUUAAAAAUCUUGGCGAGCGAGCUAGUUUUGCGUGGAGGAGAUUUAGAUCGAUGCUUCCUUCAGGGGGCGAAAUCCAGGACAUUAUAUUGGAUGAUCAGAAGAAGGUGGCGGCAACUGCGGUGCUGAAAAAAUGGGUUCCACAUUUGUAUGUUAAUAAUAGCGACUACGUGUGCUGCUAUUAUGCUGAUCCAACUGGGAACGGAGAGGGAAACAAUAGUGACAGCAAGGAAAAUGUGGCUCCGGCUGUGAAUAAUGCUGCUGCAGUCGCUGCCAAACUGUUUGUUCUGUCGAAAGGGAAUCAGAAGUUCCUUGAUGCUCAUAAAUUGGAGCAAUGGUGGGCUGAUGACUUGCAACUCCAAACUGUAAUCAAUAACAGCAAGCUGAUUAGUAGACAGCUUAAAUCUUUGUAUGAACACCCAAUAUCGCGCGAGACACCAUUAAAGCAAAAAUAGGUAGCAGGGAGAGUUCUUGUUGCUGAAUUCUGAUUGAGGUCUAAUUCUAUUUUUUUUGAUUUUAUUAAAACAUGAUUAAGUAUAUAAUUGAGGCUAAGUAUGUUUAUGUAAAUCCACUCCAAACGUAGCAAAUUGCUUCUUUUGGGUAUAAAAGUUCGGUUGUUUAGCUUGUUGGAACCACAACUGGCUUCUUACCAUAGGCAUAAUAGCAAGAUCACACAGAGCAUAUACUCAAGUUUUAUCUUUGAUUAUGUGCGAAAUCACAGAUUAGUUGGGUGUAAACUUUGCAAUUAUGCAUGUCUUAGUUGGGUAAACCUUACAAUUACGUGGGUAAAUCUUGUUAAAUCAAGUUGUUCAGGCUCUGACAUUAUUAUUGAUUAAAUAUGUGCGCUUUUAUAUAUAUAUAUAUGAAGUUAUUAAGACGAUGUUAA